AUGAAGCUGAUACGGGAACGUGUUUGGAAAGUGUGCAAAGUAGUGCUGCUGUCGGCGCUUAUGGCACUGUCUUGCUACUACAUUCCGGGAGUCAACUGGCACGUAACGGCAAUCGGACGACUGGUAAUGAUAGAACUUUUGCCGUUUUGGGAUUGGACACCGCUGUACAGGUCAAAGUGUUUGAUUGAACGAUCCAGCAAAGGAGCUGGUGUGGAAAAAUCGGGACAAUUCCAAUUGAUUCCAGAGGAUUGUGCAGUCUGUGAAAACUUAGGUUUAAUACCAGUGCACGCCAACCUUACCUACGAACAGUUGUUCAGCCAUAGUCUCAUGAGUAACACACCGAUCAUCGUGGCAGACGGAAUUGCAGAAGCCUGGGAUGAGCACAUCCGAUACGGUGGUGUUUGGUCGCGAUUUAUGACCGACGUGGAACACUUGCUGCUUAACAACCCGUGCGAUUUCCAAACCAACCUGCUGUUCAGAGCUCCAAUCGCAAAGCCUUCCGCUCUGGCGCGGAUGGUGGAGCUGCUGGAACCAGACAAGGACGCGGACACGCUGAACGGGAACAAAAGGGAAAAUGGUUGGUUUGUUCAGUUUCGCAACUGUGCUAAACGAACGGUCAAAAGGACGAGGAUUAUGUUUAGGAAACCGUAUUUCUAUCCGGGGCACUGGGAAUCGCCAUUCACCAGCUGGUUGCUGCUCUCGAACCAGUACCGGACACCGUUAGACUUUUCACCGAACAUGGUGGGACUGGUGAUUGUGAGUCAGCUUCGGUCACAGCUCAAUGUGACGCUAUCCCCAAUCAGCGAAUGUGGAUACCGAUGCCAAACACAACGCAUCCUGCUUCAGGAGCAGCAAACGCUUCUUUUCUCAACUACUCUCUGGAACUUUGCAUACUCGCCAUCACAAUUGAAUCAAACUUCCGUCACCUUUAUCACGGAGACAUACGAAAAUGCCUAG